UGUGUUAACAGGGUGUAAAAGUACGACAUUUACCUCGAAAGAAUAAAAAUUAAAUCCCAUAUUAAUUCUAAGAAAAAGUGCUUUUUAUUGUUCCCUUUUACGUUUAAUUAAUUGACAAACUUCAAGUGCAGUGUCAAAAAUCAUUAUUUGCUUGUUGACAACAAGUGAAUCCGUAUCAACAGAACAAAAAUAUUUCUCACAGUGCCACUAAAAUUAAGCAUCUAUUAUCUGAUAAUAAUAAUCAUUUAAAAAUAAGGAAAAACCAUCAUCAAGCGUAUUGAAAAAGGCCAAUAACUAAAUACAUUUUAGCAUCUCUUCAGCUAUACUACGUCUAUAAAGAAAAGAAAAGAUGGAAGCAGUAGCCAAACAUGAUUUUAAUGCAACAGCUGACGAUGAGCUCAGCUUUCGUAAACAACAGGUUUUAAAGAUUCUCAACAUGGAGGAUGAUAUGAAUUGGUAUCGAGCUGAAUUAGAUGGGAAAGAAGGCCUCAUCCCCAGCAAUUAUAUAGAAAUGAAGAAUCACGAUUGGUAUUAUGGUCGAAUCACGCGGGCUGAUGCCGAAAAACUUCUCUCCAAUAAACACGACGGUGCUUUUCUCAUUCGAAUCAGUGAGUCAAGUCCUGGUGACUUUUCCCUCUCUGUUAAAUGUUCGGAUGGUGUUCAACAUUUCAAGGUAUUACGUGACAACCAAGGAAAAUUCUUUUUGUGGGUCGUUAAGUUCAACUCACUCAAUGAGCUCGUCGAAUAUCAUCGCACUGCAUCCGUUUCACGUUCUCAAGACGUCAAGUUACGCGAUAUGGUGCCUGAAGAGAGUUUAGUGCAGGCUUUAUACGAUUUCACCGCACAAGAAAGUGGCGAAUUAGACUUCCGACGAGGUGAUGUGAUCACCGUCACAAAUCGAUCUGAGGAACAUUGGUGGACUGGUGAAAUCGGAUCUCGCAAAGGACUCUUUCCGGCCAUUUACGUUACGCCAUAUCGAAGCACAUAAAACUCAUGAUCAAAUUUUCCCUCCAGCUUUCGUGAACUUCUACCGUUUCUUUCGAGACCUGUCGUUGUUAUUUGAUGAUAAAAAUGCUAACACCAGAUCGGAAAUAAUAUUUUUUUAAGCGCUUCAGAAUCAAACAAACGAAUAAAAAAAGUUGGAAGAAGUUAGAGAGAGAGAGAGAGAGAGAGAGAGAGAGAGAGAGAGAGAGAGAGAGAGAAAAUGAAAAGUAG